AUGGCAUUUGGAGCUCCGAGAGGCAGAGGCGGCUCACGCGGUGGUAGCAUGGGUGGAAGAGGAGGUGGUAGAGGAGGAGGUAGAGGAGGACGUGGUGGUAGCAUGGGUGGAAGAGGUGGUGCCAGAGGUGGUGCUAGAGGUGGUGGUGCCAGAGGUGGUGGUGCCAGAGGAGGCAGAGGUGGUGCCAGAGGAGGAAGAGGAGGAGCUAGAGGUGGCGCAAGAGGAGGUGCUAAAGUUGUCAUUGAACCACACAGACAUCCAGGUGUUUUCAUUGCCAGAGGUAAAGAAGAUUUGUUAGUCACAAAGAAUAUAGCACCAGGUGAAUCAGUAUACGGAGAAAAGAGAAUAACCGUGGAAGAGCCAAGCAAAGAAGAAGGACAGCCAGCAACAAAGGUAGAGUACCGUGUGUGGAACCCUUUUAGAUCCAAAUUAGCUGCUGGUAUUAUGGGAGGUAUCGAUGAACUUGGAAUCGCUCCGAAAUCAAAAGUCUUAUACUUGGGUGCCGCUUCAGGUACAUCUGUAUCACACGUUGCCGAUGUUGUGGGGCCAGAAGGUUUGGUUUAUGCUGUUGAAUUUUCACAUAGACCAGGAAGAGAGUUGAUUGGUAUGGCAAAAAAGAGACCUAAUGUUAUUCCAAUUAUCGAUGACGCUAGACACCCACAAAAAUACAGAAUGUUGGUUGGAAUGGUUGAUUGUGUAUUUGCCGAUGUUGCUCAGCCAGAUCAAGCACGUAUUAUUGCAUUGAACUCGCACUUGUUUUUGAAAGAUGGCGGCGUUGUUGUCAUUUCGAUCAAGGCCAACUGUAUUGAUUCUACUGUUGAUGCCGAAACUGUUUUUGCUAGAGAAGUGCAGAAAUUGAGGGAAGAAAGAAUAAAGCCAUUGGAACAAUUGACAUUGGAGCCUUAUGAAAGAGAUCAUUGUAUUGUUGUUGGGCGUUAUAUGAGAAGUGGAAUCAAAAAGUAA